CCGAACACGUUAGUCGCGGUCAUCAAACGACCACAGAAGAGACUGUUCUCCACAACCCAGCACCCAACGCCCGGAAAACCUUCAGCCUCCGUGGCAUCAUCCAGAAGGCCCGGAGCGGUGCGGAAAAGAGUCAUAUCGAGGCCACGACUGUCACAGAAAAGGGUCGAAUCCCGAGCACUGCGGGACCGAUCCGAAAAUCGAAAUCAAGAGGCAACAUCAGUAGUGUUGAAAAGGCCAUCAAAGGCAUGGCGAAGUCUUCAAUAAACUUCAGCAAGCCUAACACACGCAGCCAGAUGACUUCACUUGGGGCUAUAUCAAACCCGACGCCUUUGCCGACUCCCUCGUUGUUGCAGCAACUGGAGAGAAAGCACAUCGAAAUUGGCCCCAGCCAAGACACGCCUGCCCCGGCCCGGGGUCGGCAGGCAGUGUCGACAUUAGUCAAGGCCGCCAGUUCGGACUCGUUGAGACGCCAUGUCGUGGCAACAUCCUUUAGAAGCCCACACCACGCGAGUGCCGUGACCGCGCCCAUCUCUGCCCCGUCUCGCCCAAGAGGACUUCGCAAACCAGAAGGCCACCCAACCAGAGACGCAAGUGUCCAGACCGAGCCACCUGCCCGUGGUUCGGCCUGGACCUGCGAUGCACAAUUCGAUAUCCUUGGUGAGGCCGUUUGCAGAAAGGUCCGACAAGCGGAGACAGCGGCGCAAAGAGACCGGUAUCUUCAGUUGGCACUGGAGAUGCAGAAACUGCUCAGCGACUAUAAGCGCUCGGGAGAAGCAGUCGAGGAGGCUACUAAAUCCCUCGACGACAAGGUCAUUCAGAAAGAGAUGAUCGAGGCUGAGCUUCGAGCUCGCUCCUUACAAUUCCGAUCGAUGAUGGACGAGUCGUAGAUUGUUUCUGUCUUUGGCUGGUCAGCGUGCUUUUUGUGAAUUAAGCAGGGAUGUAGAGAUUGGGUUCACCUACACUGUGGUUCUGUCUGCUUUGCUUUCCUUUCCUUCUUGUCUCCUUGUCGUCCACACCGUCGUUGCGGACAGAAAAGAAAGAAACCACAAAAAACAGGAGAAAAUGUAAAUAUGCAAAGAAAGGGAUCUGCCAGUGCACCGUGAUCACGUCUCCAUCCGUUGCUUCCAUGCAUUUUUGUUUGUGGGUUCUCGUUCGUCUUCUCUACAAUCUGUCAGAUUGGGCUUACAUGCCCUGAAGGACGCGGUAUUUGUCAGAGGAGAACCCCGACCACAGGCAUGAUAAAAUAGAAAGUGAG